CGGUUCAGAUUUCCAGAUCUAUGAACUCCAAACACAAAAAUCCUAAAAGGAUCUCGACUCGUGUCAACUUGUUAAGGAAGGGAAUUGUGUCCAACACGACCAGACCGAAAAACACCCGUUUGCCAAGUCUGUCCCUAAAACAUGAGUUAAAAACAAAACUGGUUUGGAUCCAGGUUGACCCGACCCGCACCAUUACUGGUAAGAAAACCGAAUAAAAGGACAUUCGGAUCCCACUUCGAAAUUCCUAGCAGCCUGCAAAAAUAGGCGCUUUUUUUGCACUGCUUCCCUUUCAACCGCUUCACUUAGUUUACAGUGGCUAACCGUUACGCAGCUCAGCUGCAGCUAUGCUGCCCACAAAGCCCCACCUCUCACUCUUUGGCUCGAACCAUCCACGCCCACAUGAUCGCUUCUGGGUUCAGUCCACGUGGCCAUAUUCUUAACCGUUUGAUUGAUAUUUACUGCAAAUCUUCAAAUAUUAGGUACGCCCGCCAACUGUUUGAUAAAAUUCCCAAACCAGACAUUGUUGCUCGAACAACCUUGGUUAAGGCAUACUCUGUCAUUGGAAAUCUGAUGCUGGCCCGUAAAAUAUUCGAUGAAACCCCUUUGAGCAUGCGAGACACUGUUUCUUACAAUGCCAUGAUCACUGGCUAUUCCCAUAACAACGAUGGAUAUGCUGCUGUUAGUCUGUUUUGCGACAUGAGGCGAGGGGAUAUUAGGCCUGACGAUUUCACCUUCACGUGUGUUCUUAGUGCUUCGGCGCAGAUAGUGGAUGACGAGAAUCAGUGCAAGCAACUGCAUUGUGGAAUAGUUAAGUCUGGAACGGCGUUUGCCACUUCGGUGUGGAAUGCGCUAUUAUCUGUUUAUGUUAAAUGUGCUUCCUCGCCAUUGGUAUCAUCGUCAUCGUUGAUGAGGGAAGCUAGGAAAUUGUUCGAUGAGAUGCCUAAGAGAGAUGAACUGUCGUGGACGACAAUGAUUACCGGGUACGUAAGGAAUGAGGACCUUGAUGCAGCUCGUGAGUUGCUGGACGGGAUGGAUGAAAAGUUGGAAGUUGCAUGGAAUGCCAUGAUUUCAGGUUAUGUGCGUCAUGAUUCUUUCCAAGAAGCAUUGUUGUUGUUUAGGAAAAUGCGUUUGCUGGGGAUUCGUCAGGAUGAGUUUACAUACACAAGUGUUAUCAGUGCUUGUGCUAAUAUUGGAUUAUUUCAGUUGGGGAAGCAGGUGCAUGCUUACAUACUAAGAACCGAAGCAAAGCCCACUCUGGAUUUUUCAUUAUCUGUGAACAAUGCAUUGAUUACACUAUAUUAUAAAUGCGGUAAACUUGAUGAAGCACGAUAUAUUUUUAAUAAUAUGCCUGUUAGAGAUCUUGUUUCUUGGAAUGCAAUACUGUCAGGGUAUGUAAAUGCAGGGCGCAUCCAGGAAGCAAAAUCCUUUUUCGAGGAAAUGCCAGAGAGGAGCAUUCUAACAUGGACUGUGAUAAUAUCUGGUUUAGCUCAAAACGGAUUUGGAGAAGAGGCUAUGAAGCUAUUCAACCAAAUGAGAUUAGAGGGUUGUGAACCAUGUGAUUAUGCAUUUGCUGGAGCUAUUACUUCUUGUGCUGCACUGGGAGCAUUGAAGCAUGGACGCCAGCUCCACGCUCAACUGAUUAGGUUGGGGCAUGAUUCAAGCCUUUCAGCUGCAAAUGCACUUAUCACGAUGUAUGGCAGAUGCGGAGUUGUUGAGGAUGCAAACACUCUGUUCCUCACGAUGUCUUAUAUUGAUUCAGUGUCUUGGAAUGCUAUGAUUGCAGCUCUCGCACAGCAUGGAUAUGGUGUCCAAGCAAUAGGACUUUUUGAGCAAAUGUUGAAGGAGGAUAUGCUACCAGAUAGAGUAACUUUCCUCAUCAUUCUCUCAGCUUGUAGUCAUGCUGGUUUAGUCAAAGAAGGGCGCCAUUAUUUUAGUUCAAUGCGUGAUUCUUAUGGUAUUAGCCCCGAUGAAGAACAUUAUGCUCGCAUGAUUGAUCUGUUCUGUCGGUGCGGGGAGUUCACAGAAGCCAAGGACUUGAUUGAAUCAAUGCCUUUUGAGCCAGGUGCACCGAUAUGGGAGGCUCUUCUUGCUGGUUGCAAGACUCAUGGGAAUCUGGAUUUAGGAAUCCAAGCUGCAGAACGACUCUUGGAGUUGGUGCCACAGCAUGAUGGAACCUACGUACUGUUGUCAAACUUGUAUGCCACCGCAGGCUAUUGGGAUGAUGUGGCUAAGGUACGGAAACUAAUGAGAGAUAGAGGGGUUAAGAAAGAGCCUGGUUGUAGUUGGAUUGACGUUGAAAACAUGGUCCACGUCUUCUUGGUUGAUGACACAAAGCACCCUGAGGUGCAAGCAGUGUACAAGUAUCUGGAGCAACUAGGACUUGAAAUGAGGAAGUUAGGAUAUGUACCGGACACAAAUUAUGUGUUGCAUGAUAUGGAGUCUGAGCAUAAGGAGUAUGCCAUUUCCACUCACAGUGAGAAGCUUGCGGUUGCAUUUGGGCUCAUGAAGCUUCCUCCUGGACACACAAUCAGAGUUUUUAAGAAUCUUAGGAUUUGUGGGGAUUGCCAUAAUGCAUUUAAGUUUAUAUCAAGAGUGGUGGGGAGAGAAAUAAUUGUGAGAGAUGGGAAGAGGUUUCAUCAUUUCAGGGAUGGUGAAUGCUCUUGUGGCAAUUACUGGUAGCCAGGAGUGAAAGCUUGAUGGGGAGAGGAUUCAUAUAUACGAGGCAGUUGAUCUCUUCACCCACCAGCUUAAGCUUUGUGACCCCGGAUGUGCAAAAGUUCUGGUCACGGGGGAGGCAAAGGUAUCACACAUAUGUUCGCAUUAUUAUCGGGCUCCUGAUCUCAUCUUUGAUGCAACAGAAUGUAUACAAAAUCCAUUAAUAUCUGGUCAGUCGGUUGUGUCCUUGCUUCGACUUCUUUGAUAUUCAGGCUCCUGUGACAGAUUAUCAGCUUCUUUGACAGUAACAUUCUUAGUCUUGGCCUAAGUUAACUUUUAGGUUAAAAUAUAUAUACAUUUGGACUUCGAUUCAAAAUUCAAACUCUUCUGCAGACAUUGCUUCCAGGAGGGAAUGCAGUGGACCACCUUAUAGAGAUUAUGAAGAAUGCAGGUCCUUGGCAAUCCAACUAGAGAAGAAAUUUGAUGCAUGAAUCCGAACCUAUGGUAUAACAUAGGAUUCAUUUAUUUGUAAUAAUACCUCAGAUAUAACCUCAUUGUUCACUUGUAUUAUAACACGUAGAUCUGCAAAAUUAGACCGCGAUUGUGUAUUCUGCAAGCAAAAGUCAGCGUUGCACCUUAUAUUCCUAACAUAAAGAAAUCAUUUUUCUUUGGCAAUGCCAAUUUGAAACGG